AUGUUUACUAAAACAUUUUCUAAUAAUUAUAUGACGUCAUCACAAUCUGCUUACUGUAACUUGCAACAAUAUCAUGACAGUCGUGUAUGUCUAUUGAAAUGUUGUCGAGUUCAAAAAGUGGAUCCAUAUUUUCCACGCAUUGCUCUAAACUCUGCCACUUCAUAUCCAACGGUCUCCGGUACAGUAUCACUUCCAAAAGCUGAAACAGUUGAGCCAGAUUUAUGGAUAAAAUCGUUUAAAGGAAAUGAAGAUCCCCUACUGUCAGAUGGUUCCCACACGGGCGUUAAUCAGUUGGGCGGUGUAUUCGUCAACGGGCGGCCUCUUCCUGACACAAUUCGUGCUCAAAUAGUCGAAAUGUCACAACAUGGUACACGGCCGUGUGACAUAUCGAGACAGUUGAAAGUCUCCCAUGGAUGCGUUUCAAAAAUCCUCGGUCGAUAUUAUUCAACAGGAUCUGUCAGACCAGGAGUAAUUGGAGGCUCAAAGCCAAAAGUUGCCACUCCACGAGUCGUGGAAUGUAUUGCUGGAUAUAAAAGAGCAAAUCCGACAAUGUUCGCAUGGGAAAUACGACAGAAAUUGAUUGAGGACCAAAUUUGCGGAGAAGAAAAUGUGCCAUCAGUGUCUUCAAUUAAUCGAAUUGUACGGAAUAAGUCAUUUAUGGCUCAACUUGCGACACCAACAUCCGUGACGCCGUCAGUUGCUAGGCCAUCAUCUGCCACGUCACAGAAUCAACGGAGCCCACCGAGAGGAGUACAACAACAUAUGCAACAAUCUACAUCUGUACAACAACUACAACAAUUCCAAUUGACUUCUGCAGCAACAGUAAACUCACUGAUUUCUCGGCCGGCUUUUGCCAUUCCAGGAACGACACAUUCAAUAAACGGUCUUCUCGGAACAUUUCCACAUUCGUCCCUGUUGGACGAUAAAUUCACUAAUUUGUCGACUCACUCCGCUGAUAUGUCCCUUGUCUAUCCUACUGGACUUGUCGGAGAACACGACUGGGCAAUGAGAACUCCAAUGGUCAUUUUACCACAAAACUAUUGUGGACAAUUGUAGAAACGAAAGUGAGCUUUAUUGAGAAUCCAAUAUCUUUUUUUGCUAAAUACUUCAAUUAUUUCCUGUACUUUGAAAUGAAACCUAUUUCAUUUGAGAGAGCACUUUCUAAAUAAAUCACUUUAAAAAAUUUCCGAAAAAAAAAGUUUAUUGAAAAGAUCUGAGAGAAAAAAAAAAGAUCAGAGAGAAAAAUGUAUCCUAAUAAAAUCACCAUUAAACCUGAAAAGACUCUGAUAGUGAGUCAUUUUUUAAAUAACUGAUUUUGGUGAAAAAUGGCUUGAAAGCAAUUUCCAAUCUACUUUUCUUUGUUCAAAGUGUGCAGCUAAACUAAAUACUUGAAGUGACCUAUUUAGAAUGUAUAAUUUCCAAUAAAAUAGAUUUCAUUUCAAAGUCCAGUAAUAAAUUGAAACACUUCAUUUUAAGAAAUUAUUUGAAAUUGUGAUAUUUCAAAACAAAAAUUCUUGUCGAUAUAUAAUCUCAAUAAAGUACACUUUUUAGUUUUUUAAACUCCAGCAACUCGCCAUUUCUCUGUGAUUUUUUCUCCGAAAAUUCCAUAAUUUUCUGUAAAUUAUACAUUCAAUCGAAUUUCUAUUUAAAUACGCUAUUCUAUGCAUAAGUUUUCUUCUUUUGGAUAUUUUUGUGAUGUCUUUUUUGUAAAUAUAUACAUUAACACUUAAUUCCAACUCUCAUUAAAC